AUGGCGAGCUCGCAGUCGUACAAACUUCUGGAGAAUGAAGAGCCUGCUGAGGGCGAGGAGGGCUUCCAGGAGGAGAAUCUCCCAGUCGGCAACACACGGCGGCGAUUCCUAGAGUCCAUACCAUCAUUAAAGACAUGCAUUGGCUAUGCCAGAGAGCGCUCACAGAAGAUUCAAGAUAAGGUGCCCACGCAAACUGCUCCCUUCUGCACACCCUGCACCUGGAUCAGCAUUCUCAGCGGAAUGCUAGUCGCGGUGCUUAUCCUUCUGCUGGUCAAUGCCUUGGGCGGCUCUCGCGCGCCAGACGAUGUGCUCCGUUAUAUCGAUCCUUUGAUUGGGACUGGUCCAGGAGGUCAUGUUUUUGCCGGAGCAACACUGCCCUUUGGCAUGGCCAAAGUCGUGGCAGAUGUGCAACAGGAGAAUCACGCUGGCUAUGCUCACAACGGUUCUCCGGUCUUCGGCUUCUCUUCUCUCCAUGACUCUGGUACUGGAGGUGCAUCGUCGCUGGGCGACUUCCCUCUCUUUAUCCAGCCAUCCUGUCCAAACAUCACCGCCUGUAGACUCCAGAAGUUUCGACGUGGUACGCUGCCUGUUCAAGAAUCCGUCGUGGCAACACCAGGCUACUUUUCGAUCGAACUCGUAUCUGGAGUCAAAGUGGAGAUGACGGCAGCCGAACGAUCAUCGUUGCUGAAGUUCACGUUCACGAACAGUACGGGUGUCAACCCGGUUGUCCUUGCCGACGGAUCAGAUCUUCCUGGCUCCAACGGUCCUCGAACGCUUUACGUGGAUGCAUCUACUGGGCGAAUCACGGCGGAAGGUCAAUUCGAUCCAUCUUUCGGACAAGGUCAUUAUCAUGCCUACAUGUGCGCGGACUUCAAAGGCGCUGAGAUCCAAGACUAUGGCAUGUUCAAUGACACAACGUACCCGGGAAUGGCAGUCGCGGAUUCUACUGAUGCGUUCUACGGUGCUCGUCAAGGGGUGUACAAUCGCUUCAAAGACGUCAAGCCAGGCGACACGAUUAUGGCAAGAGUUGGCCUCUCUUGGCUGUGCAUCGAACGCGCAUGUCAGAAUGCAGAGCGCGAAAUUCAGGACUGGGACUUCGACCGUUUACUGAAGAAUGCACAAAAUGCAUGGCGUAAGAAGAUGGAGCCAAUCCAGCUGGACUCAACUGGCGUCGACGAGAGUCACUUGAGGAAUUUCUGGAGUGGAGUGUAUCGAGCCUUCAUCAACCCACAGGACUAUACCGGAGAGAACCAGCUUUGGAAUUCGACGGAGCCGUACUAUGACUCCUGGUACUGUAUCUGGGACACGUUUCGAGGAGUGAGUAAAGGAGUCGUGUUUUCAUAUGACGGACAAUCGCUUACGAAUCUGGGUACAGGUGCAUCCGUUUUACCUCCUUGUGGACACGGUCUCGCAAUCGAGAAUGGUACGAUCUCUGAUUGACAUCUACAAGAACGCCGGAUGGCUGCCAGACUGUCGCAUGUCCUUCUGCAAAGGUAAUACUCAAGGAGGAUCUAAUGCCGAUGUCAUCAUUGUUGAUUCGUUCAUCAAAAAGCUUGACGGUGUCAACUGGACGGAGGGUUAUGCUGCGAUCGUGAAAGAUGCCGAAGAACAGCCCAUAGACUGGGAUAUUGAGGGCCGUGGCGGGCUCGAGAGCUGGAAGAGCUUGGGCUAUAUCCCAUACAAGGAUUUGGACGUUGGUGGGUUGCGCACACGAUCAGUCUCGCGAACAGUCGAAGUGAGAUCAACUCUCAUCAUCAUUGCAUAGUCUACCUACUGACUCUGGAGUCAUAGUACGCCUACAAUGAUUUCUGCAUUGCGGAGAUGGCAAAUGCGACUGGCCGAAACUCUGACUACGAGAAAUACGCAGAGCGGGCAAGCAAUUGGUAAGUAAAAUAAUGCCCUGAAGGCACCAAAUUAUGCCUUAGACACCUGCUUACCUUCUACCUUUCGCUUUGCAGGAAAAAUGUUAUCGACUGGGACCUGGAGUCCAUGGGCUUCAAAGGAUUUCCACAGCCUCGUCGGGUAAAUGGCACAUUCUCCUUCCAGAAUGCGACUCUAUGCUCACAUCUGAACGACUUCGAUGGUUGCUAUCUGAACGCCGGAGGCCACGAGACAUACGAGGGCAGCCCGUGGCUCUAUCUCUUCUAUGUUCCCGGGGACAUGGCAGAACUUGCCAAACUGCUCGGUGGCCGAGAUGCAUAUCUUGAGCGUCUACACAAGCUCCACAACAGCGGAGUUCUGUACAUGGGCGACGAACAAGCCUUCUUGACUGCGUUCCUGUACCACUUCGCUGGUCGACCCGGCCUCUCGUCCAAAGAAACCCACAGGUACAUCCCCGGCAUGUUCAACGACACAAUCGAAGGUAUACCCGGGAACGACGACAGCGGCUCAAUGGGCACUUUCGUCUUCUUCAGCAUGCUUGGCAUCUUCCCCAGUGCUGGUCAGUCGGUCUACUUCAUCAUUCCACCCUACUUCCCGAGUGUCAGCAUCACCAAUCCACAGACCGGCAAGAGGGCAACCAUACGCAACGUCAACUUCGAUCCGACGUACAAGAAGAUUUACGUUCAAUCAGCGGUGCUAGAUGGCAAGAAGUACACCAAGAACUGGAUCGAUCACAACUUCUUCCUCGAUGGCGGAACAUUGGAACUCGUGCUAGGGGACACGGAAAGCGAGUGGGGAACAAAAGAGGAGGACUUACCUCCCAGCUUAUCGACAGGACUCUAUUUUGGAUGA